ACUAUCAGAAUGUGGUCUGUGAAGGAUCUCGGUGUCGCAGCUCUGGUUGUAAUUGUUGUAGGAGAGGCUGUAGCCCAAGCCUUCCUCGUGUAUGAACCGAUAGCCCGUGACGUCACCGAGUUUGGUCCUUCGAGCCCGAUCGCCGCUAGAGACGGGACACAGUUCUGGAAACUUUUAAUGCACCCCAUGUUUGAUAGGCUGAGGCGCACCGAUGAUAGAGAGUUAAGUUACGACUUCCACGAAAUCUUACUCAAACCGACGACAACUUUUAAACUGGCGGGCGCACCUCCUCCCCCUACAGACAAAAAGAACGUAAACAAGAACAACCAGCGCCCCCCCAGGACGCAACAGCGAGAGUCGUACGUGCCCGGAGUCACGGAGCCGGAGUUGUUCUUCAAAGUGUACGUCUAACCACAACCCACGGACAGCGGCAAUGUAGGGGAAAAUAUUCCAUCUGACUUUAAUCUAUCGCGAUGAUUUU